CGCAUUCGAAGAGGAGCGGUCGAAUACCGUGUACAUAAUUUUAAGAUUUAUUUUAAAGGAAUUAUAGAAUAUCAUUAAUCAUGUCUCACACAGAAACUGACAAACUGGCUGACAUAAACAAUAAAAUCGCUCUCAUCAGAAGGGUCACGGAGAAAUGUCAGUUCGCUGUCACCCAGCCAGUGUCACUGGCAAAUCCAACAGUGGCCACAAUGAUCUUCACUGACGAACUAAACGAAAACAUAAUAAAAGCAAGAGAAAAACGUGUAGCGAUCGAAAUGAACGAACUAUCUGAUAACUGUGAAAAACAAAAGAAAAAAGUCGCCGCAGCUCCCAUAACGAGCUCUGGCAUACAUGAUGUUCUGUACAAGAAUUAUGUCACAUACAGAUCGAUUAUAGAUCAGAAAUCAAUCGAUGAAGAGCUCUAUAAGUAUAAAAUAUAUGAGUACCAAACGCAAAUAUUGAGAAGUAAAGGGUUUGUUUGGAGGAAAAUAAGUGGUAAUAAGUGUAUUCUUAUUGAAGACCCAUGGGUUCAAGCGAGGCGGAUUAAAUAUUUGGUUGAUAUGAAGAAAUUUAGGGACCAAGGGAGGACGUUUGCAUACGUUGAAGAAAAGGUGAUCCCUGCAGAUGCUGCAACCUUAUCCCAGUUUCAAUUGGGUUAUCAUUAUCUUGACUGGAAAAAUCAAAGUACAGUGAGAAUUGCAAUAUCGCCACAAUCCGGCUUGUUGGACUUUUCUGUAAAUAAUGUAAGCAGUAAUUCGGACUGGCUCAUAAAAGACAUCUGCAACCAUCUCAGGCCUUCAGAUGUUUUGGUUUUAGAGGAGAACCUGCUUAAGGAAGAACCACUUGGAAAGCCUCCUAAACCAGAAGCCACUAAAGCAGAUAUGAUUAAAUGGCUAGAAGAGAAUAAUAUACCAUGCACUUCUACGAUGCACAGAGCUGAAUUGUAUGAACUUAUCCAAAUGUACAGUGAUAGAUUUAAUGAAAAAUAUUUAACUGAGGAAAUUAUUAAAAGUAAAGGUAUAGACAUCGCGAAAAGACCUAAAGGUUGGGCGAUGUUGAAUUAUUUUGAACCAAUAUGGAAUAUAAGUGCCCUGUGGCAAGAUGUCGGGGACGAAGGUGUCACCGAAAAGGUUACAAAAAGAAUAGAAACGGCAGUGAAACAUAAUCGUUGCGGUUGGACCAAAUUUGGAGAUCAGUUAGCGCAAAAGGAGAGAGAAGUAUUUGAAAAAGAUAUGGAACUAGAGGAAGUGGUAGACAAAUUGUUAACUAUGGCAAAAUUCGAGGAUAUGUCCGAUUUUGAUUUACCUGUUGUUUCGGUAGAUGACGCCAGGAUUGAAGAGAAGUGUGGCUCAAAAUUUUUGAAAAAGUUGUAAUGUGAUAUUAUUCUUAUUGCUUAGU